UGGGGACGGCAGAAGGACUGAAGGAGCCCCAAGCUGAGAGAGGAGCAUCGGUGAUGCUCAUGGACUUCGAUUCGGAUGAACCCACACUCGACCUUCCAACUACGACCGCCGCCUGUAUGCCCGGACCACCGUCACCGUCACAUCGCCGUUUCAUCUGUUCCCACUGCUCGCGCCCCGGUCCGGUGUGCCUCUGCCACGUCCUUCCAUCGCACCCCAUCCACACUACGACCCGGGUAGUGAUCCUUCACCAUCCCCACGAGGCACAGCACAAGCUCUCCACCACUCCAAUUCUCACCAAGGCACUACUCAACGCCACCGCCAUCUUUGGCCGACGCCUCCACCCUGGCCUUUCCGCACUACUCGAUCAGUAUCCCAAGGCUUUGUAUCUCUUUCCACCGACUCAUUCCUCGCCGGCCGUCAAUAUCAAUCACCUCAAGACAUUGGAUUGGUUCCGAAAUAACGGAGAAGAUUUGGUUUUGAUCGUUUUUGAUGGAACGUGGAAGCACGCGAGGGAGAUGGUGAAGGCCAGCGAGGAGUUUCUUUCCAAAUUUGCUACUAGGGUUUGUUUGGAGAUCGAUGAAACAGUGAGCGGUGGAAGUAUAUAUGACUCCGAAUUGAUCUUGAGGAAGGAACCCUUUGCCGGGUGCGUGAGUACUAUGGAGGCUGUGGCUAGAGCUUUGAGAGUGAUUGAGCCAAAUGGGUCAGAGAUUGAGAGCAAAUUAAUUGAGAUUCUGAGGGAAAUGGUGAAGCUUCAGGCUAGUUAUUUGAAGCCGAUGAAGCCAAGGCCAAAACUGAUGAAUAAGGUCAAGGAAAGGGAGAAGCAGAUGGAAAAGAAUGAGAGUUCUGUAUAAUCGAUUACUUGAAGAGGACUGUGACAUACUGACCUCUUUUUGGCGGAUACUCACUUGGUACUGCCCCUAUUACUUAGUAAUCGCAUUUAAAGAUUCAAGAUGCCUUUAAUCUUUUUAUGAAGCCGGCGAUUGUCUAGGCUUGUCCUUUAGGUUGUAUCUUCUUUCUGACCAGAGUCAUGAGUAUACCUACUAUUCUUGAGAGGUUGCAGAGGAUCCGAACCCGCUUCAUAGCAUAUGAUUGUGCACAGUUUUGAAAAUUUGUUCUGUGGACCUGUCUGGUGAAUGCAUGGCACAAUGCAUGCUGCUUUAGAAAUGGCAUAAAUAUAGCUGAAUGCUGAGACAAGUACCUCAGUUAGUUCUGUAAAAUUGGACUGCACUGCAGCAUAUUCCUAUUUAUGACUCUAUAUACUUUGGUAAGUAUGGUGGAGAUCUCCAUCCCCUACAAUUUGGUAGUCA